UGCAUUGAAGAAAUGGGAGCUCCAAUGAAGUACAUCUGUGUUCUUAUGUUUCUUGUGGUUUUGAGCAUUGCUGGCUUCAAUGGAGUAGAUGGAUAUGGGCCAUGUGGGAAACAUAACAUCGAGAAGGAAGCUGAGAAGCUGGCUCCUUGUACAAAGGCAGCACAAGAUUUGAAAGCUCCAGUUUCCAAGAGUUGCUGCACUGUCAUGGAGAAAAAGCUCAAGAAUCCUGGCUGCCUGUGUGCUAUUAUGUUAUCUCACACUGCUAAGAAUGCUGGAGUCAAGCCAGAAGUUGCUGUGACCAUUCCCAAAAGAUGCAACAUUCCUGUUCGUCCCGUGGGUCACAAGUGUGGAGCCUUCCCACUGGUUUAGGCGUGAAGACUCCCAUGCUUCGUCUACCUGUACUAAACUACAUGAUGUUGGCAGUAUCAGUGUCCCGGAUUUUGUCCCUGUUGCAAUCUACUUGAUGAGUUUCAACCUGACAUCCAGGCUUUUAAGUAAUAAAUAAAACUGCAGUUGUA